AUGAUGAUCCAGAUGUUGAUAAUGAUUUAAUAGAAAUUCCAGAUGAAAUAAAUGAUCUAACAAAUCAGAUAAAUGAACUUAAAUAUAGAAAUCCAAUGGGUAUUGAAGAACUUCUUAAUCAUCCAGAUGAAGUUGAAAUUGCUGAAAUCCCAACAGAUGAUGAUAUUAUUGAAAUGGCAAGAGAGAAUAUGAGAAAAAAUGAAAACAAUGAAUUAAAUGAUGAUACAAUUGAAAGAUCAAAAAUUACAUAUAACGAAGUAAUUAAUAUGUUAAAUUCUUUAGAACUUUUUUUUCUUCAACAAGAUGAAGAUUGUAGUAAAAUUCUUGAAAAUAUUGAAAUUCAAAAAAAAAAG